UUGGAAAGGUAUUCAAGGUCAUAAAUAUCAAUUUAAAGACUUGAAAACAAAAACAAAAAUAUUUCUGAAAGUUUCAAAAUAGUGCUGUUAUAUUGUUGUAAUCUAGUAAUAUUUUCAGUAAAGCCAAGAUUAAUGACAGGAGAAUCAGGUGAGAUAGUCUGAUUUAAACCGUAUCCUUCCUUUCGGAGCAUUUCGCAAAUGGAAAGAAAAGCGAAAAAAUGGAAGAACGAUCACGAUGUUGUGAAAUUGUUGAGGCACAGGGAAGUGUACCCUGAGUAUGCUAAUGUUGUCCAAAAGCAAUGUCAAUUCACGGAGCAUUUAUUGAAACGAUUGGGUCUAGAAUAUGAACUCAAGGGACAUCAGGGCUGUGUGAAUUGUUUACAAUGGUCAGCAGAUGGAAAGCAUUUGGCAUCAGGCUCUGAUGAUACGAACGUUAUAUACUGGGACCCAUUUCACCAUAAGAAGUUAGAAGUUAUCCCUACACCACAUGUUGGAAACAUAUUUUCUGUCAAAUUUUUGGAUACCAAUGAUUCCAUAAUAGCAACAGCAGCUGGUGAUUGUAAAGUUAUUGUACAAAAUGUCAACGAAGCUGUAUCCAAGGAAGCUCCACUUUUACAGUGCUCUUGUCAUAUUGGUAGAGUUAAAAGACUGGCAACUUGUCCCGAUCAGCCAAUGCUAUUUUGGUCUGCUGGAGAAGAUGGAUUAGUAUUACAAUAUGAUAUGAGAGAGCCUCAUGACUGUAGAGAACAAGCCAAGGUAUUUGUGGAUUUGAGCUAUGCAACAGAAGUAAAAUGCAUUCAAGUAAACCCAACAAGUCCUAAUUAUAUAGCCGUUGGAGUAAAUGAUUGCUUUGUCCGUUUAUAUGAUAGAAGAAAAGUGGCAGUUUCAUCCAUGAAACUGAAGAAGAGUUGCUCUAUUGACUCUCUCAAAAGAUCCUCAGCUGUACUAACAGAUACCAAUUGUGUGCAAUAUUAUUCCCCUGGACAUUUAGCGAAGGAAAAUUUCAGUCUGAUGAAUUUUAAGUUGGCUGCAACUUAUAUUGCCUUCAAUUCUGCUGGUACUGAGAUGUUGGUUAAUAUGGGAGGGGAACAGAUCUACCUCUUUGAUGUAAAUAGUUCUAAACACAUCAAUGAAAUUCUUAUUCCUGUAGACUUUACACCAAGAAAAGUGAACCUUUUUCGACCAUGCUGUGAGUUCACGGCUACUUCCACCAAGAGUGAUAAUGAUUCAGUCAUCAGUACACCAACUUGCCUUUGUCAAUAUUUAAAUAGAGCAGAAAAACUUUUUCAAAGGAAUUGGAUGGGAGACACAUAUGCUGCGCUUAGGGAUUAUCUUUAUCUAAUUCAACAUUGUCCGGAUGAACUUAAAGUACAUUUAGGACUCAUUAAAUGUCUAGUUACCUUAAAGUGGCCAAAAGAGGCUAAUGAUUGGGCCAAAUUCGCUGUUAUGAAAUUCCCAGAAUUGAAAACUUCACAGGAUUAUAUUGAUUUAUGUGGUACCAUCAAGUUUCUAUCAGCUGACAAAAACGGAGAUGGGCAGAAUAAAAUUGAUCCUCAAGAAAAAGUUCUUAGGCAGAAUUCAAUUGAUUAUAGGAGCCGAUUCGUGGGGCACUGUAACACAACAACUGAUAUUAAAGAAGUAAAUUUCUUAGGAGGAGAAGGAAAUUAUAUUUGUGCUGGUUCAGAUGAAGGAGUUAUUUUCAUUUGGGAUAAAUAUAGUGGAAAUAUAGUAAAUGCUCUGUGGGGUGAUGUGUCUAUAGUUAAUUGCAUACAGCCCCACCCGACUGCUUGUUUUAUUGCUUCCAGUGGCAUUGAUCCUGUGGUCAAACUAUGGUCACCAGAAAAUGAAAAUGGCGAAAUUAACCACAGAGUGGUUAAAAAUCUUCCUACAGUAGUAGAAGACAACCAACAAAGAAUGUCAGUUGACCCUUUCGAGACAAUGCUUGCAAGUAUGGGUUACAGAUUAUCGAAUCAAUUUUACCAAGGACAAAUAGGGAUGAAUGAAGUACCAACCUGCCGUACAAGUUAAUUUAUUCCAUAAAUUUUUUUAUUUCUUCGAAUUUUCUAGGAAUGAUUUAUCAUUGUAAUUGUUCUAAAAUUCUAGUAAUAUAUCUUUUGUUGAA